CUCGCUUUGCACAAAUAUGGAAGAGUAGAAAAUGAGAAAAUAAUGAUGCUGGUGAAUCAUUGAGAGAAAUAUGCCAUCUUUAUGAUGCUGUCCAAGUAGAUCCCUAUGAUGAGAAGCAUCCAGCAGAACCACGAUAAAGGAAUUGAGCUGGAUAUCAUUUCAUUGGCACAAUCAGAAGAUUCUGAAGUUUAUGAUAUCUAUACUGUCAAGGAGGUGGAUGAUACAAACAUGGAGGCCACGUCAGCAGCUUUAUAUCCAAGGUUACAAGUGGACGAUGGAGAAGAUGAAUGCUACGACGAUGACUAUCCGUGUGACAGAGAUGAUUCAAAUGCUGAAGACAAUCCACUUUUUGAUUAUCCCGAUGAAUUGUCUGAGGACGAGGAUGAUGGUAGCAAUGAUGAGGAUAUUUUGGAGAUGAAGAAGGUUCUGGCACUGAGGCAUUGUUUAGAUACACCCAAAAACCCAAAACUUUACAACAUUCCCCAUCACAUCGAAUCUUACGGC